AUGGCGUACAAAAGCAAAGAUAAAAUCAAAUGUAUUUGUUUGUACAGGAACGAGGCGGAAGGCACACUGUUGGCCCCCAGUAGGCAGGACAGGAAGCCUAGCUAUCAGAGGCGACGACGACAGAGUCAAGCUGUUAUAGAGAACCCUUGGGGACUUACGAUAGAGAGACCUGUAUGGGGAGAUAAACCACUGAUCACACCACACGAGGAGUUAUUAUUGCUGAGGACCGUGUUUACACCUCCAAUAACCUACGCCAUGCCGCCUGGAAAGUUUGAUACCACCACCACCCACGGGAUCAAGAAGAAAAUCAGGCCGAGCUCGGCAGCAGCUAAACUUCAGAGUCAUCCAUCCUUUUAUACCAACGUAUUUGAUAGCUCUCGCCCGGCUACAGCGACAACAAAUGCCCGAUCCCCCGAAGCUGGACAGCGUCCCGUCACUCAUGCAGCUGGGGGUCGGAGGCAGUAUCGAGCACCCCCGGAGGAUGAACGAUUGAAAGAGAUCGCUAAACAGCCUCGUAGACUGACUCUAGGGGCUGUAAAUGGCAUCAGUGAGCUCGAACAUAUCCCACGCCCCACCAUGGGGCACGGGGCAAUUUCGUCACAGCUGAAAAGCAAGAUCGAGGAGCAGAUUAACUUGGAUACACUGGAGAUCCUGAAGCAGGCUUUUGUGGAGGCUGAUGAGGAUGGUUCAGGAGAACUUGAACUGGACGAGUUUAAGGCCCUCCUUAAGGAGCGCCUACACCUUAAGGGGACAACAUGUUCUAAAGACUCUCCUUACAAUGUUGCUGUUCUGUUUCCCCACCUCGAACGCCAUCAGGCUCGGGAUGCCCAAAUUGAUUCACUGUUUAUGAAAAUUGAUUGGUCGUCUGACGGUGCCAUCACUUGGGAUGAAUUCUGUACCUACAUGCAGCUCGAGUAUGCUGAGAAGGAAGAUUCCUACCUCCGUUCUAAAGAUGUCGCAUUCCACCUUCCCGCCAAAAUCAUCAACUGCCGUGAAUCAAUACUCAGAAUCAUGGACACGUCUGAUGGAACAUUUGUUGCCUGUAGUUUGGAUGGAAAUGUUUCAUUCAUGGGGACAAGUAUGGAAAUAAAAAAACACAAAGCUCUAAUUAAUAAUGAACCUGGUUUGAAACAGAAGCAGAAAUGGAUCACAGAUUUUGUCAUCAUGAAUGAGUUCAACAAAUUCCUUGUUGGAACUGGGGACAGAGAAAUACAGUUUUAUGAGCUUUCCUCACUUGACCCCUAUUGCCAAGUCAGUGGACUGGACACUGUGCCAUUAAAGUUGGACUAUUGUGCGACAGGGGCUGAUGAAUGCUUGGUCUUGUAUGGAGACAGUCUCGGCUGUAUCAACAUCCUGUUGAUAGACUCCGCUGGAGAAUGUCUCAGAACAUGGAAGAAGGCUCCCAAACAUGAUGGUAUAGCCAGUGUUAGCCUGGACAGUGUGAUCAAGGUGCAGAAAGUCCAGUAUCUCCGCUGGCAGGUACAUGGAGACUGGGUACAACAGCUGAAGUACUAUCACAAUAUAGGUCAGAUUAUAUCCUGUUCCAAUAAUGCCAACACAGCGCUGGUCAUUGGGUGCACUACAGGCUCAACACAUGUAGAAGCUCAACUUAAGGAGACCAAAGACUCUGAUGACCGAGCUCGGAGAACAAAUGUUGCCAAACCGAGGCUGGAGGCCGACCAAUCAGUGUUCUAUGUCUAUAAAGGAGUCAAAUGUUUUGACUUUUGUAAAAACAAAAAUGUUAUUGUAACUGGGGGGAUGGAUAGAAUUGUGAGAUUAUGGAAUCCAUAUGUACCAGGGAAACCUACAGCACUACUGCGGGGUCACAAUGCUCCAAUAUUUUAUCUCUUUAUUGCUGAGGAGGAAAGUAGGAUAUUUAGUAUAUCAACGGACAAGUGUGUCAAGAUAUGGGAUAUCCAGGACCAUAACUGUUUGCUGACAAUCCGACCCAAAGCUCACAAGAUUCACGGUGAUCUGCAGGCCUGCCAUUACUCGAAUAUAGCCAAGUCCUUGGCAGUAGCAACUGACCAGAAGCUUGCAGCCCUCAAUCUCAGGCAAAAACUGGAUCAGAAUAUAAACAGCAGACCGGUGCUACAUGCUGACAUCACAAUCACACAUAAAGAGCCAGUCACUUGCUGCAAAUACAACCUCAGCUUUAACCAAGUCAUCACCUGUUCUGAGGGAUCGGUGAUUAAGCUGUGGGAUUUUGAGACAGGGGCGGGGAUAUUUGAGUUUGGAGAUGCCCAUGGAGAAUCGGCAAUCACUUGUAUGACAUUUGAUUCCACAGGAAGAAGAUUACUAACGGGAGGAAGAGAUGGCACAAUUAAGAUCUGGAAUUACAACAACGGCCAUUGUUUACGGAUGCUAAAGAAGGAGACGGAAACUGAUGAAGUUUGUGAUCUAACAUAUGUGGAAAUGAACAGAAACAGAUAUGUAAUAUCCGUGGGCUGGGACAGAACUAUCAAUAUUUAUUCUGAUGAUGCCAAUGCUGACAGCAAUAUUCACCUGGUACAGAACCCUAACUUGUACUGGGCAGACGACAAGAAAAACGGUCACAAAGAAGAUAUAUUGGCUAUAGCUCAGAGUCCUCCCAACUUGAUAGCCACCGGCAGCUACGAUGGUGAAGUUAUAGUGUGGAACAUGGUGUCUGGCCACAUAUUUUGUCACCUGCACGCACCUGUACCUCCCAACUACGAGGAUGAAUCCUUGGACGGAGACCUCAGCGUGAACAAGUUAGUGUUUCUCAAGUCUCGGGAAUCUCGCAAGGCAUCAGCUUCACUUAUUGCGAGUGGGCCACGAGGACAUAUCCACUUUUGGAACGUGUUCCAGGGUGGCAGCAUGAUGGCCCAGUUUAAAGGGUCUAAGGUCAGUGGAGGGAUGAUAACCACCAUGGCCACUGAUGACGCCAACACCAUGCUUUUCUGUGGAGAUAGCCUCGGCUUCAUACUCAUCUACGACGUGGACGGAUAUUGUCUCAACAGCAAAUCGAAAUCACCCCCUGAUCUAAUCCAUUCCUGGCGAGGUCAUGUUGACAGUGUUCUGUGUCUCGAGAUGGUAGAAAAGAAUAAAGUCAUUCUCACAGCAUCUAUGGACUGUACUGUGAGGAUGUGGACGUUCAACGGCGACUAUAUCGGUACCUAUGGUCAGCCGGAGCCUUGGGACUUAUAUGAUCCCUCCUCUUUCCAACAUCCCAUGGUGCCAUAUGAUGUACUUAUUGACCCCUUGAGUCUACCGGAUCACCCUAUUUUCGACAAGGUAUCAGAGACACCAGACAUCUCUCAGGAUGAAACAAAGUCAGAGGAGGUGCCGAUGAGAACCCCAACCCCACAAGUGUCACAUGGUAAAAAUCAGUUCUUUGUGGAUGAUGACACGAUUGCUCGGCAAUUGAAAGACCUUUCUGGAACUCUGAAGGAUGAACACCUUACUGAAGAGGAGAUUCAGAAAUUCAGGGGAAAGUGGCUUCGCCACGAGAAGACAAAGAUUAAGCCAACAGAUCGUGGAGGUCCCAGUGAAUACCAUAUGCUGAAGUGGUCUCCCCUGAAGGACACCCCCAUGCCCCCUCCCCCAAAACAUCGCUUCAAUAAGGACAAUCCUCUUGAUUUUACCAUAUCAUAG